CACCACCACCCUCAAUCUCAUCACUCUCACCAUUACCGCCUUCUUCUUUUUCUUCUUCAAAACUCGCCUACAUGUGUCUUACGGACUGGGUCCAGUAUCAUUGGUACGCUUUUCAAGUCUCCGACGACGAUGACAAUCAACAAUUUCUCCACAACAACCCUCGUCUUCCUUUCCACAAAGACGGGUAUGAUUUGGAUUCUGAUUCUGAACAAUUUCUUAAACCCGUAUUAACUGCAAAUUUGUAUACGGUAGAUGGUACUAGCUGGGUGAUUCACAACACUUCAUUGUACCAAUUUGUUAUUCACCGUAAGGAUUGCAAAAGGGAAUAUCAAUUGGUUCGAAUUGACCUUGGUAAUAAUCCUAUGGCCAAGAAAUUAGAGAUUCUUCCUCAAUUGCCUCAUGCCCUAGCUCCAGAUGUGCACACUUUGGUUCUGGCUGGCAAGUUUUAUUGCCUGGGUAGUUUAGAACCACCACCAUCACCAUGGGCCUUGGCUUUUGACCCGACCCUAAAUCAAUGGGAGUCACUACCUAACCCUUGUCCAACUCCACCUUUUCCAUAUGGGAUUUAUAGUAUAUUCUCUGUAGCUAUACAGGUUCCCAAGCCAUGUAUUCUCGUGGGUUGGCCUAAGGAAAGUGUCCUCCGAAGGUAUGAUGUUGAUAACAAAAUUUGGGUAAGUGAAGAGUUUGAAAUACCCAAAACCCGCUUCUUUGGUCCAGAUGACUUAAUGGGACAUGCGUUGGCUGUUGAUAGCAAGUUGUAUUGGUAUUCAGCUCUGCACACUCGAAGUCGCCUAAUUGGGUAUGAUUUGGCGAAGAAGAUAUGGUUCAUGGGCAAGCUCAAGCUCCAUGACUAUGGACAAUUUUACGUACCUGAAGAUACUGGUCCUCCUCCUCCUCCGAGCUUCGCUCAUCUAGGCGGUGAGAAGUUCUGCUUAUUUUGGUUUUCGGUAGUGCAUCCCAAGCCAACAACCUUAACUGAUGAGGAGGAGGAGUCGUCCGGGGAGGAGGAGGUGAAGGUGGAGGUGGUCCCCAGACCACUUAACGAGGACUCUCUUCGUAUUCACUGCCUGAAGUUUCGAGUUAAUGAUGGCAGCCGUCCCCCAAAGAGUGGAAUAUUUCCCUUGGAAAUCUCUUCCAUUUCAUGCCAAUCUUACUUAGUUGCUGAGUAUUCAACUUAUUUCUGUAAUGGCUUGGUGGUUUAAUUUGAGUAGCUGAUUUGAAGAUGAUUUGCUGCACGGCACAGUGGAAAGAUGGGGAGCCUAGCAGCUGAUUGAUUGGACUAGGAAUGCCAUUUACUUUUUUGACUCAAAAGGUGAAGUUGUCAGCUGUUACUUCACAUGAAUGGCUAGAUUAAACAUUUUAACUUAAUCUAGUGUUGGUAAACUAUGCCUAUCCUCUUGGGAUUUAGUUCCUUUUGUUGAUGAUUUUGGUGAAUGUGUAUGUCUGCUAUAAUAUCUUCAUUUAUACUUGAUGCAUUGAGUAUAUCUUUGCUGUAAUUUUCCCCCCAACUAAUCUCCAAAGUCCUUUGGAGAUCUACUGAUGACAAACUAUAUAUAUACACUAUUUAAUUUUUGUUUGCUU